UCAGAGCAAAAUGAAGUUAUUUUUGCUGCUUUCAGCCCUUGGGCUCUGUUGGGCUCAGUAUUCCCCAAACACUCAACAGGGAAGGACCUCUAUGGUCCACUUGUUUGAGUGGCGCUGGGUUGAUAUUGCUCAGGAAUGUGAGCGAUACUUAGCUCCCAAUGGAUUUGGAGGAGUUCAGAUCUCACCACCCAAUGAAAAUAUUGUUGUUAACAACCCUUCAAGACCUUGGUGGGAAAGAUACCAACCAAUUAGCUAUAAAAUAUGCACAAGAUCUGGAAAUGAAAAUGAGUUCAGAGACAUGGUGAUAAGGUGUAACAAUGUUGGUGUCCGAAUUUAUGUGGAUGCUGUAAUUAAUCAUAUGUGUGGUGAAGGGGGAGGUGCAGGAACAAGCAGUACUUGUGGAAGUUACUUCAAUGCUGGAAAUAGGGAAUUUCCAGCAGUCCCAUACUCUGGUUGGGAUUUUAAUGAUGGUAAAUGUAAAACCUCAAGUGGCGGCAUUGAGAGCUAUAAUGAUGCUUAUCAGGUCAGAGAUUGUCGUCUGGUUGGUCUUCUUGAUCUUGCCCUGGAGAAAGAUUAUGUGCGCACCCAAAUUGCCAAUUAUAUGAACCAUCUCAUUGAUAUUGGUGUAGCAGGGUUCAGACUGGAUGCUUCUAAACAUAUGUGGCCUGGAGACAUAAAGGCAGUUUUGGAUAAACUACAUAAUCUAAACACAAAAUGGUUCCCUGGAGGAAGCAGGCCUUUCAUUUUCCAGGAGGUGAUUGAUCUGGGUGGUGAGGCAAUUACAAGUAGUGAGUACUUUGGAAAUGGCCGUGUGACAGAAUUCAAGUAUGGUGCAAAACUGGGCACAGUUAUUCGCAGAUGGAAUGGAGAGAAGAUGGCUUACUUAAAGAACUGGGGAGAAGGUUGGGGUUUCAUGCCCUCAGACAGAGCUCUAGUCUUUGUGGAUAACCAUGACAAGUCAUUGUCAACAACUUUGCAAACUGGUCUUCCUGGUGGCACAUAUUGUGAUGUCAUUUCUGGAGAUAAAAUUAAUGGAAAUUGCACAGGAAUUAAAGUCUAUGUUUCCAGUGAUGGCAAGGCUCAGUUUUCUAUUAGUAACUAUGCUGAAGACCCAUUCAUUGCAAUUCAUGCUGAUUCAAAGUUGUAA